AUGAUCGUACUCGACUUCGAUCUUCUCAAAGAAGCUUUCAAGGUGCAUGGCGUAGAUGUUGCGUUCUUGACGACGGCAUUGGCGGCGAAGUGCCUGCACGAAACACCAUCGAUCAUCAAGAACCUUGAGAUCCUGGCUACUGGUGGCGAGACAUGCGACCCACACGAUUUGACCGCCAUGAGCGAGAUGAUACGGGGCUACGCACAACUCCGCUUGCUACCGGUCGGCGCAGUCGGCGACCUCUACUUGGGUGGCGACGGCCUUGCCAGAGGGUACGGAGAUGAGGAGCAGACUCGGCGAGCCUUCGUCAUCGCGCAACCUACAGGUUCGCCACUCCGUCUAUACCGAACUGGCGACAGAGCGCGUUGGAGGACGGCCGAUGGACAAAUCGAAUUCAUGGGCCGAAGCGACAACCAAAUCAAGCUCAGGGGUCAGCGCAUCGAGCUGGGCGAGAUAGAGCAUGCCAUACGGCAGCAUCCCUCGGUGCAAACCGCGACUACGACUUUGCUCGAACGCGAAAAUGUGGACAAGGCCAUUGUUGCCUUCAUUGUUCCUCGCUCCGCCGAGGAGGCGUCGCAGCUUACUGAGGACGAUAAGGUUGACGGAUGGGCUCAGAUAUUCGACAGCGAUACUUAUGCUGCGGUGCAAGAUGACUAUCUCCGCUCAAAGCUGCCGAGUUACAUGAUACCCUCGCCAUUCGAAGUCAUACGCCAAUUCCCGGUCACCGUCAAUGGUAAAGUCGAUAAACGUGGCCUCCUGGCUAUGAUCUCGGGCAAGGAUGACUUGCGGGUGCAAGUGGCACAUGUCGAUCCUUCAACCGAUCUAGACGCGACACUUGUCGAGUCGCGCGCAUCUGCCGAAGGUCUGCAGGCGACGCCUUCUCCCAGUUUCUUUGACGUAGGCGGUCACUCGUUGUUGGCUACGAAAGUCGUGUCUCGUCUUCGACGCAUCUUGAACCUGCAGGUUGGCGUGCGGGACCUCUUCAACCUUCCGUCGGCGCGCAAACUUGGGAUAGAACUUUCAACUAGACAAGGAUCAAGUUCCUCGGCGCAGGGUCCGAUAAGCAGGCUUUCCCCAGGGGACUUCGCGCCUUUAUCUGCAUCCCAAGCACGCCUCAUGUUCCUUGAUCAGCUCAACCCAGGGAAUAAUUGGUGGUACAUCAACGUGCCGCUUCGGUUGCGGGGAAAUGUGAACUUCGACGCCCUCCAGCAAGCAUUCAACGAUCUCCGGCAACGACACGAAGCUUUGCGCAGCACGUUUCCUAUCGUGGACGGCUCUCCAGCUAUGAAAGUCUUGGACUUCGACCCACUGCCUCUCUCCUACACAUCGUUCCGUCAGAUGCCAGAUCCCGAGGCGGCUCUCGCGGGCGCUCUGAAGCUCGAGAACGAUAAGGCCUUCAAUCUAGCCUUUGAUAUUCCCUUCAGAAUCCAUCUCUUCGCCUUGCGCGACGACGAACAUGUACUGUCGUUAACCUUGCAUCAUAUCGUAUACGACGGCUUCUCUCUGGACAUCAUCAAACGUGAACUCGCCGAGCUGUACUCAUGCGCACUGAUUGGAACGUCGCAUUCCCUUCCGUCUCUGCCUAUCCAGUAUCGCGACUAUGCUGCGUGGCUGCACGAGCCUGCUCAACAAGCAGAGCAGCAGCGACAGCAGGAGUUUUGGAAGCAAGAAUUAGGUGGUAGUGUACCCGCUGAGUUCCCUCCGGAUUACGCUCGCCCGCGAGUCCUUGGUUAUGAGGCUGGUCUUCAGAAGUUCAAUAUCAGUACCUCGACUUCGAUCCGUCUAGAAGAGACGUGCAAGACGUUGGGCACGACCCCAUUCAUGACACUGCUUGCUGUCUUCAGAAUAUUGCACUACCGCAUGACGGGCGUACCGGACGCUCUCAUAGGUACACUCAAUGGCAACCGAUCUCGCAAAGAAAUAGAGGGACUCAUAGGCUUUUUCGUGGAUACGCAGGCCCUUCGUAUACUCGUCGACGACACCACCACAUUUGCUGGUCUGGCACAGGGCACACGUGAAGUCGUCACGAAAGCGUUCGAACACGCAGAUGUGUCAUUCGACAGGAUCGUCGACUCAUUGCACCCGGCCCGCGACCUCUCUCGCAAUCCUGUCGUUCAAGUUAUAUUCGCCGUACAUUCUUUCAACUAUGACUCCUGGGACGUCUUCCCCAGCGUUGAGACAACGGCGUCAGACCCUCGACCAACAACCCGGAUGGAUCUCGAACUGCACAUCUACAAACGCGCCAGCGACAACACCUAUGAGGGCCACUUGUUAUACAACCUUGGACUGUACUCAGAAGCGUGGGCAAAGAAUUUCACGUCGGCGUUCCUGGACCUCCUCAACAGCGCUCUCGCUCAUCUCGACAUACCCGUCGCUGACCUUGUGUUCUGCGACGCGCCUCAAGGUCUGCGAGAGCGCGGACUCUUGUCACCCAAUCGUACGGAUUACCCGCAGGACAUGACCGUCGUCGAUCUAUUCCAUGAGAUGGUGACCGAGUAUCCUUCGCACGUUGCAGUCGUCGAUGGUACGGGAAGCUACACCUAUCAACAGAUCGACGCGGCCUCCGAGGGCAUUGCCGAGCUUGUCUUGGAGUAUCUACCCUCGCAAGUCGCUGAAAGUACGGUCGGCAUCUUCUCCCAGAGAUCCGCUCUGAAUGUCGCUGCCAUGUACGGAGUCCUCAAGGCUGGAUUAGCGUAUGUGCCCCUGGACCCUGCCCUACCAACCGCUCGUCUGCGUGAUCUACUCGAGGACAAUACAGGACCUAAGCUUCUGCUCCAAUGCACGUCGCAAAACUUACCCGAGCUCGAUGUCGAAGGGUGCACCGUACUGGAUAUCAAUGACUUCCUGCAGCCCAAUCGGUUGCUCGCCUCAGGGAUCCGGAAGUUGCAUGGACACCAUUCGCGUCUGCCUGUCCACCCUCGAAGUCUCGCGUACAUCAUGUUCACCUCCGGUAGCACCGGCCGUCCGAAAGGCGUCAUGGUUGAGCAUAGAGGCAUCGUGCGUCUCGUUCGCAACACCAACAUCACGGAUAUCCAACCUGGUCAAAGGGUUGCUCAUCUGUCCGCCCUGUCCUUCGAUGCAUUGACGUUCGAGAUCUUCUCUACGCUAUCCAACGGCGGGACCUUGGUCACCUUGGACAAGAUGACGCUUCUGAACUCAAAAGCUCUGGCGACAUUCGCGGAGGAACAGAAGAUUGAGAUAGCGUACAUGACCGCGGCGCUCUUUUCGCAAUUUGUCCGGUCGUCGCCGCGCUUCCUCACGCAGCUUGACCUUAUCAUAACAGGUGGCGAUGUGGUCGAGGUGGAGGAUGUCGCUGAGGCAUACCGCUUGGCUGUCAAGAGAGUCAUUGACGCGUUUGGACCGACAGAGGUAGUGCUUCAUCAGCGUUCCUAUGCAUAUUGA